CUGACCUGUGGCCUCACCUUGCACUGUGACUGACUUCAAGUGGGUGGGGCGCCGACCGCGCGAGGACCACCUGUCGCCGUGAGAGAUGGACCGCGCGCUCCGCUGAGAACUCUCUGCAAGUUGGUGAGGAAAAUAGCAGGGGAAUGGCGCAAAGCCUGGAGAGCUUUAUCGACUCGCUCGAUCCCAGCACUCUUCCGAGAAUAAUGCAGAUCCAGUCUGGAAUUUACUUCCAAGGAUGAGAAAUCAGGAGGGAAAAACUGGAACAAGAACAAAGAACUUAAAGGGCAGCAAAAGCAGAUGGAAAAAGGUUCUGUAUAUGAAAUGCAUGGACAUGAGUGUUGCCUGGCCACAGGCGAAGUAAUUAAAGUCAUUGGAUUCAAAAUAGCAAAAGUUAAAGCGGAGAGUUGUGACAAUAUUGAAAACAACAAUUUCAGGACUACAGUGGAGCUACCAUUAGACUAUCCAGGUUUCUUCAAGGUUCUUGCUGACCCAUGCCCCUAUACAAGUGUUAGCGAUAUUAUAAAAUCAGUGCAAAUUGGGCACAACCGUUUGGGUCAUCCACACUUUUGGAGCAAUAUGGAUAUUCAGGUGAAAGACAUCGUCAUAAAAGAAGGGGAACAUAUAGUGCUAAACUCUCUGGCCGAAGCGGAUGGAGAGCAGUAUGUGAACUGUACAGUUAUCAGAGGAGGGAAAAAUAAGACAGUAAGGCUUCCACUGGCGCAUGAAGGAACAUUUUAUGAAUGCGAAGAUGACCAGUUUUAUACACUGAAGGAGAUUUUGGAAUGGAAGAUCCCCAAACACAGAAGACGAGUUGUGAAGCUCGCAAAAACAUUAGCAGCUUGGGGACCAAAUCCUUAUAAUGAGUAUCUUCAGAGUGAUCUGAGCUUGGUGCCUGUGUAUGAAAUACAAGCAGUAAUGAAACUCCGAAAGGAUAUUGUACACAUACCGUCCAACCUUGAUGUAGAGGUUGUAGAUGUGACAGAGCUUUAUGACAUUAACUCCUUUGUACAGCCUCUGUCAUUAAUUGAUGUUUUUAAAAGACUGGAUGAAGAUUUCCCCUUGUUGGCUGAAAUAAUCGAGUACCCUGACCACCAACAUAUUUACAAUUCCCUAAAAGCAGGAAGAGUAAUAGUUAUUCAUGAGAAGCACUUUGCCAAAACAACAAUUGCUUCCGAGAACAGAAGUGAUUUAAGUAAAAAGCAUUUUUUAAUUCCCAAAAGCUACAAAGGACGGUUUAAAAGAAGGCCAAGAGAAUUCCCAACUGUAUAUGACUUGGAGCUUGCCAUAAAAAGCAACGAGCGCUUGCAUGUCAUUGCAACAAAACCAUUUGAAUCUGAUUAUGCAGAGUUUUCAUCUGUCUGUGUAGGAGACCAGUUUCUUGUUCAUCAAUGCCAGAGUAUUGAAGUCAGCUGUGAAGGAGAUAAACGGAUAGUUGAAGCUCUGGCUUGUGAAAAAAUUGUGGAAAAAGACUAUAAACAAGUCCUUCUUCCAACAUACAUGGAAGGGAGCUUUGUCGAAGUCAUCCAUGAUAAAAAACAGUACAACAUUUCAGACAUUUGCAAACAUUUCAGCCUCCCAUUUAAUGUUAAAGUAUCUGUAAGAGAUUUGUCAAUCAACGAUAAUUUAGCAGCCUUGCCUUCAUUACGAAUUGAAGAAGAAAUUGCGGAUCCAUGUUUGCUGGUCAGUUUACUGGACAGCCCAUCAGAAUGUUUCAGGAUUCCGGUUCAGAGAGUAAACAUGUCCAUCCAAGUGUUGCAGGAGCCAGCAGUAAAUGUUCCAUGUUCGACACCAAAAACCAUUGUCGAAGAGAUCAGCGAAGACUUGUACUACAUGAUGCGUAGGUAUGAAAACUCCACUUUGCAUCCUCCUCCCCGACCUCCAAAGAAACCUCAGUCACCUGUGACGCCAACAACAUUGAGGCUGUUCCCCCCUCAACCUAGGAAACCGAAUCAUCCCAAGCCUCCAAGGAACUCACCAACAGAAAUGCCAAGGAACAAACCAAAAUCUCAGAUGCACAUUCCUGACAUUGCUACAAAACCAGAAAAUAUUCUUCAUAGUGUUACAAUUACAGAGCAUGUGAAAGAAAGAACCGACCACUGUGCUCCAGAAACAGACAUGUUGCUGCUUAAAGCCACAAGCCUUGCUGUAGAUUUUGAAAACUUGGACUUGUCUGACAACCAAGACUAUGAAUAUAUUGAUGAAAAUAAAGUUGAAGAUUUAAGAAAGCAAUUAAAUGAAAAUGAGCAUCAAAACAAUAAAAACUGCAAGAUAAAGAGAGAAAACCAUUAAGAAGAGUGAAUGAGAAAAAUGUCUUCAAGCGGGCAUCUGAUUGGGAGUACGCAGUCUUCUGACCAAAUUUCUGGAUUAUUUCUUUCCUCAAGGACUGGAUUUGUAAAUUAAAUCAAAAUUGUUGUUGAACUUAGAACCACUGAAAUUGCCUGGGACAAAUAUUGUCAUUCACCACUUAACAUCAGAUAAUGGUGCCCACAUGGUUGAAAUACUGGAAAUGAAAAAUUGUUCUAUCUUAGACGAGAACAGAUCGAUUAAUUUUGUGUAUCUUUUUGAUUAUCAGUCUUUUUAUAUUUUUAGGAUCCAGAAGUGUUAAAGUAAUUAGAAUUUUUUCAAAUAUGACGUGGAUUUUACCAUAUAGUAUUGCUUGCAAUGAGUAUUUUUGUACCUAGGGAUUAAUUUAUUUACUUCUAUUUGACAAUACUGAAGUAUUUAUUUUGUUUGCAUAAACAUGACCCACAAAGAACCAACAUUUCAGAAUUUCUAUUUCUGAACAAAUCUAUACAUUAUCAAUAUUUGCAAAUGCCUGAAUGAUCAUACUGAUAUUAUUGUAAAAGCAAUUAAAAUUAAACCGAUUUUAUAAAGUCAAACUAGUUACCAACAUCUAAGUUAA